AUGGCCGCUGCCACGAAGCUACGACGGAUCAUCGAGGAUCCCAACUCGUUCAUACUAUGUCCCGGAGUAUACGAUGGAUUCUCAGCGCGAGUCGCUUUGAAUACAGGAGCAGGAAGCAGUGCCUCGGUUCUGGGCCACGCCGACCUCGGAAUGAUGACCCAGACGCACAUGCGCAACCACGCCGAGAUGAUUGCCGAUUUGGGAGCCCUCCCACAGUACGCAACAGCAGACGGCCCCGUCCCUCUUAUUGCCGACGCAGAUACCGGAUAUGGCGGUCCCAUUAUGGUAUCCCGAACCGUGGAGCAGUACUCGCGAUCUGGCGUGGCCGGGUUGCAUAUCGAGGACCAGGUCCAGACGAAACGGUGUGGCCAUCUUGGAGGGAAGGAGGUUGUGAGCCGGGACGUCUACCUCAGUCGUAUCCGCGCCGCCGUGAAUGCCAGGAACAGGAUCGGGAGCGACAUCGUCAUCAUCGCCAGGACGGAUGCUCUCCAGACUCAUGGAUACGACGAGGCGAUUGAACGACUCAAGGGCGCCUACGAAGCUGGCGCAGAUGUGGCUUUCUUGGAAGGGUUGACGUCAAAGGAGCAGGCGGCGCAGAUGAUCAAAGCCGUGGCCCCGAUGCCGGCGCUUCUCAACAUGGUAGAGUCCGGGGCCACCCCGUCCUUUACUGCCGCAGAGGCCAAAGAAACAGGGUUUAAGAUUAUGAUUGUUCCAUUCGCUGCUAUUGUCCCGGCUUAUGAUGCUAUGAAGGCUGGGUUGGAGCAUCUCAAGGCUACGGGAUCAAUGCCAGACAAGGCGAAGGAGAUGACACCACAGGAGCUUUUUAGGGUAUGUGGAUUGGAUGCCAGUAUGCAGAUAGACAAGGAGUCUGGAGGUGAGAAUUUCAAGUCUGGUGUUGAUUAG